AUGCCUCCUAACGCCAGAUCGCAUCAAUCCCAAGUAGCAGGUCGUACCGAGGGGCCUUUGACGUGCCACCAAGACGUCGACUUUGGCAUGACUCCCUCCAUCUCUGCCUCUGUUUUCUUUCACCCUUCCCUCUCUGUUUUCUUUCACCCUUCCCUCUCUGUUUUCUUUCACCCUUCCCUCUCUGUUUUCUUUCACCCUUCCCUCUCUGUUUUCUUUCACCCUUCCCUCUCUGUUUUCUUUCACCCUUCCCUCUCUGUUUUCUUUCACCCUUCCCUCUCUGUUUUCUUUCACCCUUCCCUCUCUGUUUUCUUUCGUCUCUCACCCAACCCCUCUCACCCCACUUAUCUGACUCGUCUCUGUCUUUCUCUCUCCCCUCCCUUCCCAUCUGACUCGUUUUCCCUUUCCUCUCACCUUCCCUCUCUUCUCUCCCCCAUCUCAAACCUAACCCCUCUCCCCCAUCUCGGAGUCGUCCCUCUCCCCCAUCUCAAACCCCUCUCAUCUCCCCCCCAUCUCAAACCGUCUCCGUCUCCCCCAUCUCAAACGGAGUCGUCUCCGUCUCCCCCCCCAUCUCAAACGGAGUCGUCUCCGUCUCCCCCCCAUCUCAAACGGAGUCGUCUCCGUCUCCCCCCAUCUCAAACGGAGUCGUCUCCGUCUCCCCCCCAUCUCAAACGGAGUCGUCUCCGUCUCCCCCCAUCUCAAACGGAGUCGUCGUCUCCCCCCAUCUCAAACGGAGUCGUCUCCCCCCCCAUCUCAAACGGACGUCUCCGUCUCCCCCCCCAUCUCAAACGGAGUCGUCUCCGUCUCCCCCCCCAUCUCAAACGGACUCGUCUCCGUCUCCCAGUUUUUGCCCUUAUAACCAAAAUUAAAUUUUCAUUAAAAAAAAGAAAAAAGUGA